GCUCUGCUCUCCCUCCUUGCAGACAGCCCGUCGGCUCCAGUAAAUGUCACAGUCAAACACCUGAAAGCCAACUCAGCCGUUGUGACUUGGGAUGUCCUGGAAGAUGAAGUUGUCAUUGGAUUUGCAAUUUCCCAACAGAAGAAGGACGUGCGGAUGCUGCGCUUCAUCCAGGAGGUGAACACCACCACCCGCUCCUGUGCCCUCUGGGACCUAGAGGAGGACACUGAGUACAUUGUGCAUGUCCAGUCCAUCAGCAUCCAAGGCCAGAGCCCUGCCAGUGAGCCAGUCCUCUUCAAGACCCCCAGGGAAGCUGAGAAACUAGCCUCUAAAAACAAAGAUGAGGUGACAAUGAAGGAGAUGGCAAAGAAAAACCAACAGCUGCGAGCGGGGGAAAUUCUCAUCAUUGUUGUGGUGUUGUUCAUGUGGGCAGGGGUGAUCGCCCUGUUUUGCAGACAGUACGAUAUCAUCAAAGAUAAUGAGCCAAAUAACAGCAAGGAGAAAGUCAAGAGCGCCUCGGAGAACAGCACUCCUGAGCACCAGAGCGGAGGGCUCCUCCGCAGCAAGUUUCCAAAAAACAAGCCCUCAGUGAAUAUCAUUGAAGCGUGACAGCCUGCCAUCUGAUAGAUGGACUCCAUUCCUCACUCUCACUUUCUGCCUCUGAGCCUUGAUGACUAGGGAGGUGAAAUAUUGUUGGAGCAAUUUG